AGGGUGUAAGGUGAUGCAGGGACAGAAAGCACGUACCAUGCGCUACAGGAUGGAUGUGACAUUUACACCGAAGAAAAGACCCAGCCAGAGAAAUUUCUCAAGAGACAAAACUCGGCCAUACCCUCCUCUGCCACGGCCCGACCAACAAACUCACCAUACCAGGCCGUUAAGAGAAUAUGUGCUGGAAACUGCCGAGAUCGCCCAAUAUUCAGUGGCACCUUGUUUCAGGUGGUUUGCCGAGGACCAUGUACAGGCGAAUCCUGCAUACCUAUAUUCUCCUCUGUGUUCUCCUGCGGCGUGUAUCAAGUUUCUUCAGCCCUCGCACGUGCCACAUUCACCGAAUAAUGUCGUCCCAGAGCAUCAUCGGGCAGCGGACCGGUGCUCAGUGGUUGAACUCUCACUGGAAUCGAUUUGCUACGACGUGUGGCACUCAGUUCUACUACCUAUGCUGUCCGUCACCGACAUUCUCCGUACGUGCAUGGCGUCGCGACGGCUAUACAGGCUGCUCAUGACCGAGGAAACAUUCAAGCUGCUUUGUGUGCGUCGCUACCGCAUCAGCCCGAACCUGGACGUGUCCUACAUCAGCGUGUGCAAAGGUCUCUACAUUGCACACACGAUCGCCGGUCUGGAGCUCCUCAAGUGCUCUUCCGUCUACUCCCUGCUCAAGCAAGACGGUAUUCCGAACAUCUGCGCACAGAUGACCCAGAUCAGCGGUACACAACUGGCCAGCCUCCCCCUACUACCCUAUAGUGGCAACAGUGCGCUAAGCUUCCCGGAGCCAACGCAAUAUCACCUCCGAUCGUCGAACAGUGGUUUCCUGCUGCUGUGCCACCCUAGUGAGCUGGGAAACUUCGUCACAGCACAGGUGGCCAGAAGAGCGCUGCCCAACCUGACGGCAGCGGAAAUCCGGAAGCAGUACAAAGGCCCGACGUUCCAGCUCGGCAACCACCGGUAUCGGCUGCACGAGUUGGCGGAGAUAUCGAUUCGCAAGUACGGAUCCAUCGAAGCCUUUCAGACUGCGCUGCUCAGCAAUCUUUUACAAGUGACCCCCGACCUGGUGAGGUAUCUGCCGUAUCAGUCUCAUUGCCGGAGGCUGAGUCAAUUGGCUGACUCCUACCAUGACCUGAAACAGCAAGAGCCGCAUUUACGGAAUUGCUUGUUAGCGUUUGGGGGGAUCAUGCGCACCAGAGCACACAACGACCAUCUUUCGUCUAGACUCGAAGCGGACGUGCGGAUUCAAUUAGCCGCCAACGUUGCUAGGCGCCAUUCCGCGUUGAGGUUGUAUAUCAAGGGCACCCUGCAGAUAAACGUGGACGAAUACUUCGGUGCGUGCUUGGACUACUACGGAACCGUCUGUGCUGACGCACGCCAGUCGAUGCAGAAGCGCCGAAGUCACCUGCAGACGGCAUACUCCAGCUUAGGGCCGUACCUUGAAUCCCUGUCCUCCGUGUGCAAUACCUGGACCAAGGCCCAGCUGUUCCAUGCCAUGAUGCGGUGUGGAGGUAUGCUGAGCACCCAAGUGCAGUGCGGAGGAAUGCCCAGCACCCCAGUUCAGUAUGGAGGAAUGCCCAACGCCCCGGUUCCAUGUCAAGGCACUCCCAGCGCCUCGAUACAGUGUGUGGCAAUGCCCAGCACACCAGUACAGCUUACUGAUAUGCCCAGCGUCCCAGUACAGUUUGGAUUAAUGCCCAGCGCACCAGUACAGUGUGAAGAAACACCCAUCACCUUGGCACAGUGCGAAGGAAUGCCCAGCGUCCCAGUACAGAGUGUAGGAAUGCCCAGUGUCCCAGUACAGAGUGUGGGUAUGCCCAUCGUCACCGCACAGUGUGUACAACCUUCCAUCACCACGGCACAGUGCGAAGAUGUGCCCAGCGCCCCGGAACAGUGUCACGUAGGAAUGCUCCCAUCACCACUGCCACAGUUUAAAGGACCUACCAUCACCAUGCUGCCGUGUGUAGGAAUGCACAGCGUCUCAGCACAGUGUGGAGGAUCUCCCAUCACCACUGCACAGUAUCAAGGUGUGCCCAGCGCCCCGGUACAGUACGCAGAUGUACAGUAUGCAGAUGGGGUGCAAGUACUACAGCAUUUCCCUGCCUUUCAAAUUAUGUAGUCGCAAUCGCUUCUAAGACUACAGAAGCAAUACGAUAGAACGUAGAAACUAGCGAUAGGUUAUCCGAUUUUCCUUACCAGCUUUACUUGCUGUCAUUACAAUGGUUUCAGUAGACCAAUGCUUGGCACUACGGUAGCAGCUGAGUGCGGUUGCCAUGACUGCAGGCCAAGGGGCAGGGCACCUGAUGAUAAGCCGACAAUCCAGUUUUGUUUGUUUGUUUGUAUACUUCACUUGAAUUCGCUAAUCCAAACGAGCACAAAUGCUUAAUGACAGGGCAGCGAAUUUUUGGCAUUUGAACCACGAACAAUGAGUAUAGGAUUUAGAACAGCUCUUUUCAACUUUGAAAUUCAAGUCACACUAUCUCUCUCACUGCCACAUUCCACUGCCACAUGCCCAUUGCUGAAGUGAUGAUAGUGAACAAGCUACAUGUAUGGUAGACAUACUAGAGAGAUAGGAAGCUUUGUCACAACUCUGAGUUUCGCGUAUUACUUCGAUCAUCAGGCAACUGAUGGUUCUAUGCAUAGCAACUUGUGCUUGGAUUACACCACCCGCAUGCACACACACACACACACACACACACACACACACACACACACACACACACACACACACACACACACACACACACACACAAACACACACACACACACACGCACACACACACACACACACACACACACACACACACACAAACAAACCCACACACAGACACAGACACACACAUACACACACACAGACUGAGCUGGGUCUGUCCCAUCGGCUCCUGCUUCUUUUCCUUCAUAAUAUUUCUAUUGUUCGGGCCUUGUGUGAGGUUACCGUUA